AUGGAAGCGACGGCCUUGGACGCUGCGACCACAGCUGGCGCCGUCCCCAGCCUCAAUGAACACCUUGAACUCAUCUCAACUCGAUAUCAACCAACCGGUUUGGAAUGGCAUGGUGAAAGUUGCGAGAUCAAGUGGAUGGAAGACUCGAGAUCUCGAAAACAAAAGUGCGUUGGAGAAACCUUGAAACACCUUCUGAUUCUCCGAUUUCCAACGUACACAAUGUUAUUGUGUUACUGUUCGAUAAACACAGCCGAUUGA